AUGGGUUGGUUUUGGGCAGAUGGUCCGCAGACCAGGACCUCGCAAACACUUCACUUUCCCAUGCUUCAAGACGGUGCCCGAUCACCACUUCCAGCAUGUCCAAUGCAUAAGCACCAAGGCGCCGCCGACGUGAUAACCUCCGCUCCCCCGAGCACCUGCCCUGUUAAACACGACGUAUCCGCGACCACAGCGCCUCCGUCCGCCUGUCCAGUGCCACAUGGAUCGAAAAAUGGUGCACCCACACCUGAGUCCCAGUCCGCCUUUUCGAAACUGAAUCCCUUGAACUAUAUGUUCCGCGAUCUCUCGCAAGACCGUGCGCCAACCCAGACACAAUAUCUUCCGACGUCGCGCGAGCCUUCAACAAUCCCGAGAGGUGAUGGCGAUGGCAACUGGGAGUACCCGUCUCCGCAGCAGAUGUAUAAUGCAUUACUUCGCAAAGGCUACACCGACACGGAUGUCACAGCAGUCGAGAGCAUGGUCAGCGUGCACAAUUUCCUGAACGAGGGUGCCUGGGCCGAGAUUAUGGAAUGGGAGAAGCGCUUUUCUGGCGGCUUACACCGAGGAUGGCAGUUGUGUAGUCAUGGCGAACACAACUUCGACGCCAUGGCUAAGAAGUAUGGAUAUCAGGAGGAGGUGGAGGAUUUGUCGCCAGGUUUGGUCAGGUUCCAGGGCAGACCAAAAGACAUGACGCCCAAGGCCGCCAUGAUUCAAGUCAUGGGGUGGAUAUAUCCAGCUAUGUUCGCAACCGAGCCGCCAUUCGAUCGCCAUGACUGGUACGUUUCCCGAGAGACCAAUGGCCAGAAGAGGGAAGUUCGCUACAUCAUUGAUUACUAUUCUGGCCCCCCUGAAGAGACCGGCGAACCUGUAUUCUUCCUCGAUGUCAGACCUGCCGUAACACCAACCGCUGCAGUCGAGCGAGUUAUGAGAUGGGGCUGCGACGUAUGGUGGAAGGCUUCUGGCGGCGACGUUCGAGAGCAAGAGAAAAUAGAGCAGAACAGCAAAUCUUGGAGGGCAUGA